AUGAGACAAGCAUUAUAUCGAGCGAAAAAGAAACAACAGCAACAACAGCAAUCAAUACAAUCAACAUCAACAGUUACAAUAUCAAGAAAUGAUCUUCGAAAACGUGAAGGUUUACAACGUCGUCGUCAAAAUAUUGCAAAAUUCAAAUUACAGAUACGCCAAUUGCAAGAUGCUAACGAAAAAUUACAAAUAGAAAAUAAUCAAUUGAAAGAAAAACUAAUUUCUUUAACAUCAUCAUCAUCACCAAUGACAACAGUAACAACGACAACUCCAUCAUCAUCAUUACAGCCAUCAAAUGAAGACAUUACACCAAUUAGAUCACCAACAUCACCAUCAACACAGUUUUUUCAACAUAUUAGUCCAAAUGCAAAACGUCGUGCUACAGCACGUAUGAUGGUUGACAAAUCGGAUUUACCACGUGGCAGUAUAAAUAGUGUUCGAAAGAAAUUUGGAAUUAAUUUGUCCAACCAAAAUUUGCCAUCGAAAACAACAACAAUGUCAUCAAAAGAACUUACUGAAGCUAUUGAAAAAUUUUUGAAUGAUGAUGAUAAUACACGAUUAACACCAGAUAAAAACAACAUUAUAGAUGGUAAACAAGUUCGAUUUCUCUUAAAUCAUCUUAUCAAUCUUCAUCAGAAGUUUAUUCUAAAUACAAAUAUUGAUUGUUCGUAUUCAACUUUCACCAAACAUGUUCCAUCCUAUAUUGUUUCACCGAAACCAGACAAUUGGGGUACUUGUCUUUGUAUAACUUGUUUAAAUCCACAAAUUAAAGGUGAGAGAAUAAAUCAAUUGAAACAUAAACAUUCGAUUUUGAGUGGUUUGUCAUCCUUAAUUGGAAAUGAUUUAAUAUCAGUUGCUUCUGAUGAUAAAAAGGUUGAAGAUAUUUUGAAAGAACUGAAUUUGCUAAAAGCAGAAUCUUUUAUGGUUACUUAUGUGGAAUGGGUCCAAAUAAAAAGUCACAGAAGUAGUGGUCUUAUUUCAACGAAAAAAACUAUGACAAA